AAUGAACGAUGAAGCACAAUCUCAAAUUUGAUUAAAAAAUUUAAUGAGAAAAAAAUAAACCCGCCCGUUAUUUAUACCUAAUCCAGAAAAUGGUGAUUUUCCUUUUGAUAUCAAAAACGCAAAUACUUAAGAUAUAAAAGCUGUAGACUUCUAUAGAAUGUACUCAUCAAUGCAAAUGUUUGUAGAAAAAUUAAUACCAGAUCAGGUACAACAUAUAUUUAUUAAAAAAAGUCUCUGUAAUAAAAAGUACAACUUAAUAUUGAUGCUAUUUACAGAGUGUUUGUUGAGAAAGACUUAAAUCCUCCUCCACCUUAAAAACUUGUUGGAAGAAGAAGUUCUCCAUAUACAUAUUAAAAGCAAGAGUUUUGGCAAUUGGUUGAACACUUAAAUUCUUUAGGAUUUUCUUAUCGUCAAAUAUCAGAGAGAUUGUAAGUACAUUAUGUUUAAAUUUCAACUCAUCAUCGUAGCACUGUUGAUUAUGAUGACGAAGAUUCGGAUUGCAAUUCAUAAUCUGUCAAGAAGAUAAACAAAGUAGAAGAAAAAUAAUAAUUGGUUGUUCAAAAAUAAAUACAACAUGAUGUUUUCUAUUCUGAUGAUGAAAAAGGACAGAAAUGA